UACAUAGAUACCUCUGGCUGAGGCAGUCACCAUCAGUCGGUCUGGGUCUCUCAGUGCACUAGUCAAAAUGUCGCAUCGAAGUUGGUGCCUGGUUGCUGGUAUUUUCCUGCAUGUGAUUUGGAGUGGAGUAGCCAAGGGGGAGUUCUACUCGUCAGUGGACAGUAUGCAGGAUCUGGCCCAAGUGGAACAGGAGCUCCUGAAUGCCACGCGGUCGUACUUGGAGACGCAGCAGCAGCAGCUUAACUUUUAUCGCAGAUAUGUGGAGCAAAUUAAAAGGGAACAUGAGUGGGCCAUGGCGCAAGUAAGACUUGAUGAGUAUCUAGGUCACCCUCUUCAUGCAUUCCGAUUGAUCAAACGAUUGGUUCAGGAUUGGGAUGCGAUUGUCUUCGAACCCAUUCUUGCCAAUAAACCCAGGGAAGACUUCCGAGAAUUCGUAGAGACCUUAACCAGAGAUUUAGGCUACCCUGAUCAAUCUGAGCUUCAAGGAGCAAUCAAGGGCUUGGCAAGGCUGCAGAAAGUCUACAAUCUCACGACCACGGAUUUGGCUGAUGGCAUUAUCAAUGGAUACACCUUUGACACGGAUCUGCAUUGGCGUGAGUGCUAUGAAAUUGGAGUCCAACUCUUCGACCUCGGGGAAUAUCACAGAUCACUGGAAUGGCUUCAAGCGGCCUUAGUCCUCCUUCGAAAUAGUCCACGGGAGGAAAAGGACGAAAAAAGGUACAUAUCAGAUAUCCGGGAAUAUGCAGCAAUGGCCAACUUCGAGUUGGGUAAUCCCAAGAGAGCUGGAACACUCCUAAAUCAGAUCCUCAAACCUGAUCCCACUCAUUCCGCUCAGCAAACGCGAAAGUAUCUGGAGAGCAGAGAGCCAGGAAAGAACUUCCAGGAGGAUAACCCCCCUUGGUUUGCAAAUUAUACGAGGCUGUGCCAGGGCAGAAGAUUGCCAGAGGAGAGCAGUGGCAAGCCCUUAAAAUGCUAUCUGGAUGGAAAGCGACAUGCCUACUUCACCUUGGCGCCACUCCAAGUGGAGCCAGUGCACCUGGAUCCCGAUAUCAAUGUCUAUCACGGGAUGCUAAGCUCUCAGCAGAUCCUUUCCAUCUUCGUGGAGGCAGACAAGGAGGAGAUGGUUCGCUCUGCUGUUGCCGGAGAAGGCGGUAAACGUACCGUUAGGGAUCUCCGGGUCAGUCAGCAAACCUGGCUGGACUACAAGGCUCCAGUGAUGAUGUAUGUGAGCCGGAUGAUUCAGUUUGUUUCCGGAUUCGAUAUAGCCGGAGCCGAGUAUAUGCAGGUGGCCAACUACGGAGUCGGUGGUCAGUACGAGCCGCAUCCGGAUUACUUUGAGGUCAAUCUGCCAAAGCAAGUUCGAGGAGAUCGCAUCUCCACCAGCAUGUUUUACCUCUCUGAUGUUGAGCAAGGGGGUUACACCGUCUUCACCAAGCUGAAUGUCUUCCUGCCACCUGUCAAAGGAGCUCUGGUCAUGUGGCAUAAUCUACAUCGCUCCCUGGAUGUGGAUGUGCGCACUUUGCAUGCCGGCUGUCCAGUUAUAGUGGGCUCCAAGCGGAUUGGAAACAUCUGGAUGCACUCGGGCUACCAGGAGUUCCGUCGACCUUGCAACCUCACCUCAGAUAGCUAUAAGUCCGAAGCCUAUCGGGACUGAGUGCUCUUUAUACAUUU